AUGGCACCUACGCUGCGCAUAUCCCACCCAGCCCUGGGCAUUGAGCUCGAGGGCCAGGGAAGCGCCUUCUAUCCUGGAGAUGCCAUCAUCGGAAGAGUUUACCGAAGGGCGCCCAUAGACUGCGCCGAAGCUAGAAUCGAUCUCGCGUUUCAUGGACGAGCCAAAUCCAGACUGGUCGUGAAGAAAGGCGACAGCCGUCGCACGUACCGCGGCCGCUUCACCCUUCUGCACCAAACCCAGAGUGUUUUCGCCGGCCCUAUGCAUAUCCCAGAAGGCAGUCCCAGCCAGCAAGAGUGGCCUUUUGCACUUGAGAUACCUCGGAACAUCGACGCAGGCCUGUUCCCCCAGCAGUACGAUGCAGAGCACUCCUUUAUACCAAUAGACCCUGCAUACGUUGGCGACCAACCGCUUCCAGCCUCCUUCUACAGCGGCUGGGUCAGUAAAGAGGGCUUCAUCGAGUAUUACAUUGAGGCUACCCUUCGUUUUCAAAGAAAGGGGUCCUGGGAUGAGGUGACGGCCACGAUGCCCAUCCACAUCUUGGCCUUCAACCCAAAUCCUCCAAUUGUGGAUUUCCAUCUACAGUGUGUUGCUCGCCCGGGGUCGGUCUGCACACAGCGCCUCGUCCCUGGAAUGGAGAAUGCGGAGCUUUCAAAGACAGAGAAGAUGAAAAAGUUCUUUGGUGCCAAGUCAGUGCCAGCAUUCUUCUUCAGGCUGGACGUGAGCCUACCGUCUGUAAUCCAGCUUGGCUAUGAUCCGAUCCCCGUCUUGAUGCGCUUGAUACCAAACUGGCCAAAUACUAGCGAAAUCAUCCGGAACGUGCAGCAAAAGCCGACUCUGAUCUCUUUCAAAGCCACGCUCGAGUCCCGGUGUGACAUUAGGUGUGAUGGCUAUUUCCGCGCGCGUGAGGCGGACUGGAAGGAGAAGUUGGAGCUGCAGAGCGAGGCGCACGGAGGUCGUAGAGUCACCGUCGAGAUCCCAUUUUCAGAGAAGGGGCCGCCUGUGGACGUUGGCAAGGCGCUUGAUUUACGGAUCGGCGGGCAUGCGGGUACGAGUUUGGCUUUUCAUGACUUUACCACGUUCAACGUUAGCCUCAGCCACCAACUAUCAUGGACAGCCAAGUGUGAAAUUGCCGGUGAGGGCUGGACCAUUCACGGGACGCAGCCGGUCAAGGUUUUGCCGCAAACCAGCGACGGGAGACCGGGAGGGUUUGCACAGUCACAGUCUGCCAAAACCCAGAGGGCAGAGUCGUGGAUGGUACCGCCUGCUGAGGUUGAGCCUCCACCUACGUUUGCAGAAGUUGAGAGAGAUGAUAAAAAGCAAAGCAUAGCUAAUGCUCAGACAGUUGGCGAAGGAGUUGGGACUUCAAGCAAGAGCGGACAAGAGGAUUAUUCUGGCUAUCCCAAAGAAAAGCAGUAA